GCUAGCAGCAGAUCUAGCUUGUCUUCCCAGCGGGCUACUGCGGUGCUGGGAGUCGUGCGGAGCGAGUUGGAACGAGAGGCGGCGCCAUUGCAGUGCCGUGAAGUUUCUAACUUGACUCCAUGUCCUGCUCGCCCUUGCGCUCCCAGCAUCUGUCGCGAGUCCAGUCGAGUCCCAAGCUCAGGAGUCGAAAGGGAUUAAGCUGCGUAUUCCGACUGGCUCGAGCUUGACCCUCGAGAUUCCGGGACAGCGUCUCGAGUGACUCGAAAGGAGUCUGUCCCGCCGAAAGGAGUCGCCCAGCCUCCCACUGCUCCCAGCCGCUCUCCCUGCGUUUCACGCCGCGCAUUCCACGCAUUCCACGCUGCUCCCAUCGCCAAAAUCUCCAGACUUUUCUAAAGCUUGUGCGUUAAAAGCCACGCGAAACGACCGAUACAAAGGCCGAAGUCUGCUCCCUUUUCCGUAAACGGGGUCUGGUAGCAAAGGCGCUUGAGUCGUCUCAAUAAUAGGGGCGGACACGUGGCGCCGCCAGAAUGGUGGCGAGUCUGUUCGUCGAGGCGGCACGUGGCGCGCAGCUAGAGGUGCUGCGACAGGCGACGGUAUGGGAUCGCAUCGCCGUCGCGACGACGCUCGCGGUAACAUUCGCGAAAGAGCUCGUCGGCAUUUUCGGCAACGCGCCGUACGGGUUUCACGCCAUGGCGAUGUAUCGAAGCGUGUUCUACGCUAGUAAGCGCGGCUUAGAAGGUCCGCGGAGCAAUGGCGGAAGCGGAAGCGGAGCCGGGGAAAUGGGCGCGGACGCGGAGGGGGAGAUCGCGCACAGGGAAGCGGGAGACGCGGAAAGCCCGUCGGCGGCGCGGCGGUCGGCGAUCGGGAUCCGCAAAAUGCGGAGGCAGCUCACGUCGACAGUGUGGAACUGGGCGUCGUCGAUGGAAGCGAUGCUGUGGCAGGGUUUGCCACAUGGCGGCGUGCGAGUGGUCUACGACAUUCGCUACGGGCCUCGUCCACGCAACACCCUUGACAUCUACAUGCCGCCAGAUUUGGCGCUGGACAGCAACGCAGCAGAAACCAGCAGCAGUGUCAGCAAAGGAAGCCGCAAGGGGCGGCCGGUAUUGUUUUUUGUGCAUGGUGGGGUGUGGGCGAGUGGCGAGAAGUGGAUGUAUUCUCCCCUCGCAAUUCGAUUCGCUCAGUCCGGCGCAGUGGUGGUUACCAUUCAGUACACUCUUUACCCCGAGGCUCUUGCCAUAGACCAAGUGCAGGAGACGUCCAAGGCUCUCUCGUGGGCCAUGGACCACAUCCAGGAGUACGGGGGCGACCCCUCACGCAUCUUCUUCUCUGGCCACUCCUCCGGUGCGCACGUCUGCUCCAUGGUCGUCUGGCGCCGCCUGCGCUCCCGCCUCCGACAGAUGUUCCACGCCAAUGCCACGGCUGUAGCACCACCCACGGCUGUAGCACCAGCGGAUGCAGCUCCCACAAGCGGGGCGGCGUGUGUAGCAGCCACUGCUGAGCCUGACAGCAGCAGCAGCAGCAGCAGCAGCAGCAGCAGCAGCAGCAGCAGCAGCAGCAGCAGCAGCAGCAGCAGCAGGGAUUCAGAUUCUGCAAAGGCUUCACCCAAGGGUGAGGAUCUAUGGGCUCUAGACGAGGAGGACCUCCGGCAGCCAUACUGCUUCUUCGGCAUGAGUGGGGUGUACGACAUAGCGCACCACCAGCGGCACGAGCAGAGGCGAGGCGUGUACGCUCUCUCUGCCAUGUCGCCUGCUGUUGGGGGGCCGAGCCGGUUCCUCUGCUCAUCACCUGCUCUGCUGUUUGACGCCCUGGCGUCUGCUGCUGCUGACGCUGCCAGUGCUGCUGCUGAGGCGGCUGAUGUGGCUGCCGGCGCAACUGCUGCUGGCGCUGCUGCGACUAACGCUGCUGCUGCGUCGUUCAGGGCGUCGUUUGACUGCCCUACGAGCCCUGUCUCAACCCCUGCUGCAGCUUCUCCUUCUCCCCCUGAUGCCUGUUUUCUGGAAUCAGGUGCGGUGGCGGCUGCAUCGGCGUCUGCUGAAGGUAAUAUGGUGGAGGAAGGAGGCGCGAGCAGUAAACAGGCGGCCAGAAGCCGUGCUCUGGAGGAGCUUGCAUUCGUUAGUGCUGCUGCUGCUGCUUCCCUCCGGCCCUCCCUCUCUGCCGCCCUUAAGUCGGCAUCGCCGCCAUCCCGCUCAAAUUCCACGUCAGCUGGUCCUAGUAACAUGUCAGCUGGACUGGAUGCCACGUCAGCUCGCCCGCCUCCAGUGAAGCCCUCUCCCAGCCUUGUGAGUGCAAUCUCCCACCGCGAAUCAGCUGCCGCCAAAUCACCAUUGAUAUCAUUCUCGUCAGCGUCAUCAGCAGCCGCAGCAGCAGCAGCAGCCGGAGGUUUAACAGGCGCACACACAGCAGCAGAUGCUGCUACCAAGUCAGAUGCUGUAUUAACAGGGGGAAAGAGUGCAACCACCGCUGCCGAUGUUGUGGACAGUGCGGGGGGGAAGAAUGCAACCACCGCUGCAGAUGCAGUGAACAGGGCGGGAUCAAAAGAAGCAGCAAAACAGGCUCUGAGAGCGCACCUCCUGACCUCGUCAGGGUACACCAACCCUGCCAGUACUCUUCCUGCCAAAUCCGUGCCUGCUUCUUCGCCUCUACAGCCUGCUGAAGAGUUCACCGUCCCCCCUCCUUUCUCCUACACCUCCUCUUCCUCCAUCGAUUCUUCCCCCGCCAAUGCCGCAGCAGCACCGGCAUCUGCGGACGCCUCUUCAAGCAAGGCCUCUUCUCACCCCUCGGAUCAAGAGGGGGAUCUGUCCUCUGAUUCCUUCACCUCCUGUUUCCUCGCCCCAUCUCCCCUGUCCCCUCGUGAUAUCCUGAGGUUGGAGCUGGGUGCAGGUGUGGCCGAAGCUGUUGUGGCUUCUCUGGUCUCCGGCCAACUCAACCUCGUUUCCUCCUCCUCACCUUCCUCCUCUUCCUUUUCCUCCUCCUCUUCCUCCUCCUUCACCUCCUCCUCCUUCACCUCCUCCUCUUCUUCGCCUUCCUCCUCCUCCUACUCUUCUCUCUCUUCCUCCUCCCUCACCUCCUCCCCCUCCUCUCCCUUCUCCACGCCUCUCCUCCCAAUCAUGCUCCUCCAGUGUAGCACAGCAGACUAUGUCGUCCCCCCCGAAACCAGCCUCUCUCUCAUCCGUUCCCUGCACCGCCUUAACUCCUUCCUCUGCCCCUCCUCCCCUGCUAGCCUGGUAAAGCUCGGGGGAAGUGGGGGAGAGAGGGGCGGACUGGUUGAUGGGAGAGUAGGAGGAUUAGACGGAGCAGGAGUGGGGAUAAGGGCUAAGGCGUUGGUGUAUGAUGAUGCUGGCCAUCCGGACUUUGCGUGCUGGGCUGUGAGAGGGGAGAGGAGAGGGAGAAGGGAUGGGGAGGAGAAGGGAAGGGAGAAGGGGAGGGAGAAUGGUGGGAAGGCGGGAGUGAGGCAUGGAGGGGAGAGUGGGGAGGUUGGGGAAGGGGGGAAGGGAGAGAAAGGAGAGUGGAAGGGGGGGAUGUUGAUGAGAAGCAAGAGUAUGAGGAAAUUGAGUCAAAGUGGGGAGGGAGGCGAAGGCGGGGAUGGGGAUGAGAGAGAGGGAGGGGCAGGGCAGGUUUUAUCCAGUGGAGGUGCUUCGGAUGAGAUGGCAUGUGUGAGGGACAGCCUUGAUAUCGUCACUGGGCGAGUGUCCCUGGAGGAUAUGGUGUGGCAGUAGAGCGAGGAAAGCAUUGUGUGAUUCAUGGACUUCGAAGUAAGAACAUUAGGGGGGUUGAAACUGUCAAAUGUAACUUAGGCGUUACUGUAGACUAUACUGGUUUGUGCCUUAGAGGGUGCAACACCCGUCUAUAUGCCUCUAUCCUUCUAUUCUA